GCAGGAGGGAGGUCGGGCGGUGGCGGCUCGGGACGAUGCGGGCUGCAGGGGUCGUGGUCGCCGAGGAGCACUGGGCAGGUAAUGCUUUUGUGAGCCACAACUUUAAAUACUCAAGCCAACUGCUCCUAGCAUCAAGAAUAUUUGUAUUCAUAUUCAUAUUUGUAUGUUUUCAAGAUGAGUCAUAGUAAAUUAAUUCCCAAGCUCUCAAUUCAAUCUCCUGUUCAUCAUACCAACUUAAAGGUCCGGUCCACAGAGCCACCUUUCAAGAAGGACUUACACCUGAUUUCAAAAGACUCCUUGGAAUCUGAUUCAGGAAGCUUCACUCAAGAGAGUAAGUCCCAGUUUGAAGACCAAAUCUGGGGGGACAACAGUAUGGAGCCAGACAGCUUGGAGGAGGAAAGCCUUCAACAGGAAAGCCUGAGUGAGACCAAAGAGGAAGCAAGCAGAAAAGUAGCUCGGAAGGAUGGCAGAGAAAACCUCCAUACCCAGAACAAUGGCAUGGACAACAGCCAACAACCAGUCGAAGACAAAUAUUCGGACCUCCGAUAUGACCCACACUGGAAGAGUAAGAAAGAGGACAGGAAGUUGUUGACUAUGGAAACAUUAUCAGAGUAUGUAGACAGCUCUACUGAAAAUCUGACUCUGGAUCCACUGUACCCUUCCAAGGAGUCAUCGAUGGAACUCUCGGGGGAGAAAGGUGAACACAGGAGUAGCCCACAGAGUGUUGCCUCUUUGCUUGGCAGUGAAUUUUUAAGCCCCAACUAUGAGCGUGGUGCCCAUCAGAGCCAGCCAUUUUCAGAGCUGAGCGACAGUGAUCUGGGGGAGAAGUCAAGCAACCUCUCUCACUACUUGAAGAGUUCAAGUUCACAUAACGAGGUUUUCCUGCCAGGAUCACGUGGCCGUCGGCGAAGGAAGUCCAAACAAUAUUUCGUGGAAAAAAACAAGCUGACUUUGGGAUUACCUAGUCCUAAAACGGACUCUUAUCUUCAACUUCACAGUAAAAAAAGGGGGGACGUUCUCCCAGAACAGAUCUCCUACCCCAUCAGUGUAACUGACAAGACGUCCAUUCAGACCACCAAAGAGAUUGAAAAUGCUGCCAUCAAUCCUGAAGACAAAUGGCAUCAAAGAGCCCAACAGCUAAAGAAUUAUCAGGAACACUUGUCUCAAUAUGAAAGCGCAAAAUCAAACUGCGAACCGAGAGGUCAAUCUUCUGAAACAACCAAUGGCCAACAACCUUCCAGAAAACCAGCCAAUCACAAGAUUCGAAACCAGCAUAAACAACAGCAUGGCCUGAAGUCUUUGGUGACUGAAGAGCUGGCUGUCAGUCACAGAAACCAGAACACUCCCAGACAGCAACAAAACCAAAAUAAGCCUACUGACACUUCAGUAAAGCACAAAACAAUCGGAAUUAUGAAUGCGCCUAACAAUGAUUUACAACACUCAAGUGCACUUAGGAGCCAGGAGCCCAAAGUAACCUCCAAUAAAUUUGCUCCACCACAGCAGGCUCUUGAUAAGGUAUUGUACAAAAACUCUACUGGAUAUCACUCCAUGAAUGUUAAGAAAGAAAGAGGACAUAAAGGCCAAGAAGAGAAAAGACUGUCACAUCAGCAGCUACACAUCAACACUCUUUCCAAUAUGGACUUGAACUACCUUAAUGAGCUUACUAAGAAACAAGUGCCCCUGAGCCAGAAGGGCUCCCAGUCCAUUCCUAACAAAAAUGUUAAUGGAUCGAGGGAAAAUAAACAACCCAAGCAGACUUACACAGAGACAAAAUAUAAGAACUUAGAAAUAUUAUGGAAAUUCCAUCCUUCCUCAGACAGCCAACUCGUUAGAGCUUCUCCAGACUCACAGCUCACUCAGAUAAUGGAGCAGCAUCAGCAAGCCUUAAUGCAGCUGACCGAGGUGCAGCCCAGGGAAGGGGCCUCAUCCAGCGUCACAUUUCCACCUAUAUUGUCAAGGGUCGAAAGUGAAUCCCAGCUCAUUUCGGACAGAAGCCAAAGAAACCAAAUGAAAAUUAGUCGUAGCAAUUCCGAAGGCUACCUGCUUCAACUAGAAAAAGGAAGAAAGCAUAGGAAGAAGAGCAGCAUCAAGAGCUCCAAGCUGAAAGGUUAUCAGAAAAGAGACGUGAAGCUUGGAGGCCUUGGACCUGACCUUGAAUCCAUCAGAGACAAAAGGCAGAAAUUAAUCCAAAAAAAGGAAUACGCGAAACAAGUUAAGGAGUAUAACAUGAAGACCCUAUCCAUUCUGUCAAAACCACAAACAGUGAAAACUGAAAGUCAAUCUGCCAUCCCUCGGCAGAAGGCUUUGGAAUAUGCCAAGACCAUCCCCAAACCCAAACCUUCAAAUCUGACUGGCCAAGUAUUAAAGGAAAAGAAAAAUCCCACCUAUACUCGAAAAGAAGAUGCUCUGCCUGAAAUCUCACUGCUGGAAAUACUGCAGAACAGACACGAAAGGGAAAAACAGGCUGUGGCUGCUUUCAAAGUCCUUCACAUUGUGUAGACAGCACAUUUGUCGGAGACCAAAAAUGCCGGGGGACUGGACAUGGAGAAAAAACUCCAACCAACCUGUCUGCAGAGAGGGAUGAUCCUCUGUCCUCUAGCCACAGCCCAUGUUUGCUUUGUACAGGAUUUAAAAUAUGGGGCCUUAUUACAUUAUGGAGCUGUAUUUUACUUUCUAGGAAGAUUUUUUUAUUAUUUACUUUCAAAUCAGAAUUUGGGGUUGAAUAAGAACGGGGGAAUAAAGGCUUUUAGUUUCA